CAUAAAAGCAAUGAAACAGUGAUCAUAGGAACUGUGACCGAAUUUUCACAAUAAACGACGUAAACAACAUGUACCACCAGAACCCUGCAGCCAUAGCUGGCUGCAUGAGUCACUCCACAACAGCAGGAGCAUCAGUCGGAGUAUCAACAUUUUUCAAUGCACCUUUAAGAUCAGCGCACUAAAUCAAAACACAGAUCAUACUUCAUGUAAGCUGACGUGCGCAGCGAUCGCUGUCGUGGUGGAGUUGAUCGUAUUUUACUGGGAUAAUCCCUUUUGACUCCACACCAAGCUGUCUUUUUGUGCCAUGUAUAAGGUGCUACAUUCGUGAACGAAUGCAAUGAAAAUCAGGUUGAUUCACGAGAACAGCAUGUUCUUUUUCUGCCAUAACAGAGAAAGAAUGUAUAUAUAACGUGACAUUUUGGCAGACUGGCCCAACUUUAUUUAUGCCCAUAGGAUAAUGAAAGAUAAUGCAUAAGAAUAGGGUAAAUCUAUUCUUAUAUUUUCACACACACUCACACAGACCCACAGACUCACAGAGACCCACAGACUCACAGAGACCCAGGUCACGUGACUGACCCCUUCGCCCCGCCCCCUUUCAUCUUCUCUCCCCCGAGCCCCGCCCCCUGGCCACGCCUCCUGCGUCACGUGUCCACGGGCCCUGACAUCCGGGGCCCUGACAUCCGGGGCCCUGACAUCCACAUCCGGGCCUCGCCUGAGCCAACACGUGCGCAGCCUGGGCCCUUCUUCCCGCCACUUCUCCGUCGACUGCCUGCAGAGGGGUCAAAGGGUGUGCUUGGACGUGGGAAACACAACGCGAGAACGAGAUGGACGUCAGCUGCCACCACAACGAGACGAUCGCAUUCUUCUACCGCAACAGCAACAAGCCGCUCUACGACGAGUGGUCCUUCACCAGCACGCUGGUCAUGGUGCUCGGCCUGACCUUGUGCCUCGGCAUCAUUCUGGCCAACGCCCUCGUCAUGUUCGCCGUGUACAUCAACAAGACACUCCACCACCCCGUCUAGAAUAGGGUAAAUCUAUUCUUAUAUUUUCACACACACUCACACAGACCCACAGACUCACAGAGACCCACAGACUCACAGAGACCCAGGUCACGUGACUGACCCCUUCGCCCCGCCCCCUUUCAUCUUCUCUCCCCCGAGCCCCGCCCCCUGGCCACGCCUCCUGCGUCACGUGUCCACGGGCCCUGACAUCCGGGGCCCUGACAUCCGGGGCCCUGACAUCCACAUCCGGGCCUCGCCUGAGCCAACACGUGCGCAGCCUGGGCCCUUCUUCCCGCCACUUCUCCGUCGACUGCCUGCAGAGGGGUCAAAGGGUGUGCUUGGACGUGGGAAACACAACGCGAGAACGAGAUGGACGUCAGCUGCCACCACAACGAGACGAUCGCAUUCUUCUACCGCAACAGCAACAAGCCGCUCUACGACGAGUGGUCCUUCACCAGCACGCUGGUCAUGGUGCUCGGCCUGACCUUGUGCCUCGGCAUCAUUCUGGCCAACGCCCUCGUCAUGUUCGCCGUGUACAUCAACAAGACACUCCACCACCCCGUCUACUUUCUCAUGGCCAACCUGGCCGCGGCGGAUUUCUUUGCCGGAGUGGCGUACAUCUACCUGGUUGUCAACACGGGGCCCAACACUCGCAAGCUGUCGCUGGAGACCUGGAUGCUGCGCCAGGGGCUGAUCAACACGAGCCUCACCGCCUCCGUCGCCAGCCUCCUGGUCAUCGCCAUCGAGCGCCACGUCGCGCUGUUCCGGAUGCAGCGGAUGAGCGAGCGGCGCGUCGUGACGGUCGUCGCGAUCAUCUGGCUCGUGGCCAUCAUCGCCGGCGCCAUGCCCACCAUGGGCUGGAACUGCGUCUGCGACGUCGGCACGUGCUCCACCAUGGCGCCGCUGUACAGCGCCAGCUACGUCGCCUUCUGGGCCGGCUACAACCUCUCCAUGUUCCUCAUCAUGGCGGGGCUCUACGGCCACAUCUUCGUGAACAUGUGGAGGGACAGGAUACCCGUGCUGCAGAAUAGCUCCAGGUGCUCCCGGAGGCAAGACGCCCCCGUGAGCUUGCUCGUAACGGUCACCAUCAUGUUGGGAGCCUUUAUUGUGUGCUGGACGCCGGGCCUGGUGAUUCUGCUGCUGGAUUCCUUCUGCUCGGACUGCAACGUCCUGGCCUUCGAGAAGUACUUCUUGCUCAUAGCGGAGCUCAACUCCGCCAUGAACCCCAUCAUCUACUCGUUUCGGGACACGGAGAUGAUCGCCACUUUCAAGCGCAUCCUGAGCUGCCGAAAGGCGGGAUGCGUCGCAGCGAGCGGCUCCGAAAAAUCAAUUUCCACGUCGAAUCCCAACCUGGUUACGGAGAUCGGUCACGUGACCACCGCGAGUGCGAUGAAGAUGAAUCAGAUUGUCAUCUAAUAUCUAAUUGGGCUAACCAUGCAUGUUUUGAUAAUUGUUCUUUUACCCUUCUAUCUGGCAACAAA